ACUUGUUAGAAGAGGGGUGUCUUUUAAUUUUGUUUAGAGAAAACACACAACUCGUCCCUACCUUAUUUCAGAGGUGAGGAUGUUUUUGUAUGGAGGUCAAUGAGAAAGUGUUCAGUUUGGUUACCAAAAGCUGCCCUGACUUACUUGCAACAUUUGGCUUAUUUGAUGGAAUAUACGUUUAGUAAUGAUUAGGUUGUUACAAGAGUACUGAUAUAAGUAGGACAUGUGACAUCCCGACAACUUUGAGAAAAAACACUUUAUAUCAGAAUUGUGCCUGGUCACCACUAGUUACUACAACCACAAAGUCCUAAACCCCACUUAAAAAUGUAUCUUCUUAAAAUGUGAUUUUAAACCGAACCCUAACCACGCUGCUAACCUUAUAUCUAACCCUAACCUUAAAAUAAUACCAAAGAAGCUUUUAGUUUUCAUGCAUUUUUUACGAUAUAGCUAAUUUUGACUCUGUGUUUGUGGUAACUAGUAUAAACCGUUGUGUCUGUUGUUCACACGUGUAUCUACCCUCUCAUUGGCUAGAAUGGUCUCACCUGAGCUUUAUUUUUUAUUUUUACAACUCCUCCCGACAGCAGCACUCCACCAGCCCCCGGCAGCUAAAGAGAUAUUUAUUGGUGGAUUUAUUCAUUGACAUUUAUCUCUUAUCAGUUCUCCAACCAGACAUGAACCAACAACCUCCCCAGACACAACCUACAAUCACCCCUGGUGUAACCCAGGUGGUGGUGAUGCAGCAGCCGCUGCCUAGAGACGUACCCGGCCAGAUGACGUGUCCCCACUGUCAGGUCCAGGUUUUGACAGAGACCACACACCCCACUGGACUGCUCACCUGGGUCAUCUGUGGAGCCCUCUGCUGCUUCAUGUGCUGGCCAUGCUGUUUGAUUCCAUUCUGUGUUGACUCCUGUAAGGACGUAGAACACCGCUGCCCCAACUGCAAGAGAGUGAUCCACAUCCACAAACGCAUGUGAACAGACCAAGAUGAGACGCCUGCCACAAAGUGAUCUACCUGCCACAAAGUGAUCAUCUACUGUAUAUAUGAACAGACCUAGCCACAGCCCACUGACAGUUCAGUGCGUAAUCCACAUCAGAAAUACAAUAGUCUACUGUCUCUCUGAAAUUACUGCAGCAGGAAAGCUUCCUCUACUGUCUCUCUGAAAUGACUACAGCAGGGCAGCUUCCUCUACUGUCUCUCUGAAAUGACCACAA